UUGAAGGGACUCUGCUGCGAGUUUCUGAAGGAGAAUUUGGGCCUAUCGAACUGCCUUGAAAUCCACGCGACUGCUGAUGCUCACUCUUGUCAGGAGCUCUUUCUUUGCGCUGAGAUGUACAUCGUCCAGAAUUUCCAGAAAGUUGCUGAGAGUGAGAAUUUCAACCAGCUUUCUUUCGAUCGACUAGUCAAACUAAUUUCAAGAGAAGAGCUGAAUGUUCAAUCUGAAGAACAGGUUUUCGCAGCUGUGACAAGAUGGGUCAGAUUUGAACAGGCAAAUCGGCAAAAUUCCUCCCAAGGCAGGGACAAAUUUUGUCUGCUAGAGCAUGUGCGACUUGCUUCUUGUCAUCCGAAAUUCCUUGUUGGAACAGUGAGUAAGGACCCUUUGGUAAUGAAUGACGCCACAUGCCGACAUCUCCUCGACGAAGCAAAAUACUAUCAGCUUCUGCGAUUGUCUACGGACGGACCACUGGAAAUGCAAGGAACGCGCUUUAAAAUUCGGGAAUCGCUCGAACCUGUCGAAGUAUUACACGUUGGUAUGGCGAACAUUGCCUUCAAUACACCCCUUCCCAAUUAUUCAAUAGCCAUUCCGUAG